CGCCGCAGCUCCGUGGUAGCCGGUGGAUACGAUGAGUUCUUCACGCCGACAGAUGGCAUCACCUCUCAGCCGGAUGGUGAGCGCUCGCCAGCCGCCAAACGUCGCGGCUCCGGCAGGGCCACGGAGUUUCGGAACGAUGUGGAUGGUACUGGAUCCAAAAAGGGCAGUAGAAGAACGAGCAAUGAUCGGACGAUGUCAGUUCGGCGGAAGGCCUCGGCACACGGAAGAGACAUCAGGAGGCUGGUACCUGCUAGUGGCGCUGGCUCGGCGGACAGCGCGCCGCUGGGCGUCAGGAGCACCGUCAGCGGCUUCCUCGACGGAAACUACUACACGUCCAACGACUCCGUGCCCCUGGUGCAUGUGUCGGAGAGCUUCAGCCGGCUGUUCCAACACACGUCCGAUGAGGACACGGACAGCGAGGUGGAGGAGUUCAUGGAUAAGAAGUACGGCACCGAGGCCAAAAACCUCCGGGACGCGCUGAAGCUGAACUUUAAUAUCCGUAAAACCGCCACUGGUAUUCCGCGUAUGGAAGGCCACAUGCGGCUCCCAGACCGUAAGACGGCUCAGUCGGACGCCAAGGACCUGUUGUACCGGGGUACUAGUUACCUGGUUGAGGCGCCGCUGCGCCUGGAGAGGUCGACGCGCGCCCUCACCCGUACCGCCAUCGCCAGAGCCGUGGACGGGGAGCGCUCGCGUCGCAUGUCCGAGAUCCAGUCGCGGGGCGCAGCCGUAUCGUCCGGCUGGCUGGAGGUGCAGCGACAGCUGAAGCAGGUGGCGCGCCUGGCCGAGGAGGAGGAGAACGAGGCAACCAUCGCCGCUACGCAGGCCACCGAGGGGCAGAUGGACCUGGUGCGAGAGCAGCUGGUACGGGAGGUGCACCGCAAGACCGUUCGUGAGGAGGUGACAGAGGCGCAACAGUGGAAACAGAUGUUCUUCAAGGGUAUCGCCAAAAACAAGCUGUCUCCGGAGGCCAUGGAGGCGGUGGCGUCGACAAGCGAGCACAUGUCCUCGGUGCUGAGCGAGCUGUCUGAGGCCUUCUCGUGCAGUGAGCUGGACGAGGGCUCGCGGGAGGAGGUGGCGGUGGAGCGCUCACUGGACCUGAUGGACGCUUGCCUCAACGAGCUGUUACGCUGUGUCCUCAUACAAACUAUCAAUAUCGAGGUCACCAUAGAGAGGGAGCGUCAGAUGCAGGAGUUCAAGCGGGGGCGUCCGGCGGCUGCGCGGAAGAGCCAGUCGGACGACGGGCCUGACGUGGGCUCGACCAAGCAGGAAAUCGGCAACUCGGUCGCCAAGAUCUUCAAGCGUGUCAACGACCGAGAGAUAAGGCGGGAGGAGCGCGUAAUCGACAGGGCGUCUGAGUACAAAUGCCUCGUUCAGGAGGACCUUAUCAGAAAGGUCUGGCAGCGUCGCGUGACGAGACUAUGCAGUCAUGAGAAGGCGCGCCGCAUCAUCGAGGCCGAGGACCCGGCCACCAUGGAGGACCCGACGCGCAUCGCCGUCAGCGACCACUGGGUCCGCGUGCAGGCCCAGAUGGUCAUCGACAAGUUCAGGGCCAAGAAGCCAAUGAACCGAUCGCUGAAGGAGGUGUUGCACACGGAAGGCGGCGAGCAGACCUCGGUGGGCAGCGCACUGGAUCAGCGCCUGCGCGCCGUCAGAAACCGCUUCAGGCGCCCGGCCGUCUACGUCUGUCGGGCCCAGCGCCACAAAAGCAGCAAGGCGGGCGGGUCCCGGGAGGAACGCCGGCAGGUCGCAGACCAGCGCGAGCAAGACCGCAACAAGCGACCGGAGAAGAAACGGAGCAGGAGCCACAGCCAGGUCGAGGGCCAGUACAGGUCACACUGGACGGCUCGCAUUCGGAAGUGA